CAGCAGCAUCAAACACACCUGGACUCCAUAUUUAUGACCAGUGGAUUGUCAGUGUUCUUGAGGAGAAUAAAACAGGAGGAGCUGGCUAACCAUCUGGAGAGCAAACAUUUUCCUGAAGUUUGUCAUCGUAACCUUAAAUCCACCCUGAAGAAGAAGUUCCAGUGUGUGUUUGAGGGCAUCGCUAAAGCAGGAAACCCAACCCUUCUGAAUCAGAUCUACACAGAGCUCUACAUCACAGAGGGAGGGACUGCAGAGGUCAAUGAUGAACAUGAGGUCAGACUGAUUGAAACAGCAUCCAGGAAACCAGACAGACCAGAAACAACCAUCAGACAAGAAGACAUCUUUAAAGCCUCACCUGGAAGAGAUGAACCAAUCAGAACAGUGCUGACAAAGGGAGUGGCUGGCAUUGGGAAAACAGUCUUAACACAGAAAUACACCCUGGACUGGGCUGAAGACAAAGCCAACCAGGACAUCCAGUUCAUAUUUCCAUUCACUUUCAGAGAGCUGAAUGUGCUGAAAGAGGAAAAGUUCAGCUUGGUGGAACUUGUUCAUCACUUCUUUACUGAAACCAAAGAAGCAGGAAUCUGCAGCUUUGAAGACUUCCAGGUUGUGUUCAUCUUUGAUGGUCUGGAUGAGUGUCGACUUCCUCUGGACUUCCACAAAACAAAGAUCCUGACUGACUCUAGAAGGUCCACCUCAGUGGAUGUGCUGCUGAUAAACCUCAUCAGGGGGAAACUGCUUCCCUCUGCUCGCCUCUGGAUAACCACACGACCUGCAGCAGCCAAUCAGAUCCCUCCUGAAUGUGUUGGCGGGGUGACAGAGAUCAGAGGGUUCACUGACCCACAGAAGGAGGAGUACUUCAGGAAGAGAUUCAGAGAUGAGGAGCAGGCCAGCAGGAUCAUCUCCCACAUCAAGACAUCACGAAGCCUCCACAUCAUGUGCCACAUCCCAGUCUUCUGCUGGAUCACUGCUACAGUUCUGGAGGACAUGCUGGAAACCAGAGAGGGAGGACAGCUGCCCAAGACCCUGACUGACAUGUACAUCCACUUCCUGGUGGUCCAGGCCAAAGUGAAGAAGGUCAAGUAUGAUGGAGGAGCUGAGACAGAUCCACACUGGAGUCCAGAGAGCAGGAAGAUGAUGGAGUCUCUGGGAAAACUGGCUUUUGAUCAGCUGCAGAAAGGAAACCUGAUCUUCUAUGAAUCAGACCUGACAGAGUGUGGCAUCGAUAUCAGAGCAGCCUCAGUGUACUCAGGAGUGUUCACACAGAUCUUUAAAGAGGAGAGAGGGCUGUACCAGGACAAGGUGUUCUGCUUCAUCCAUCUGAGUGUGCAGGAGUUUGUGGCUGCUCUUCAUGUCCAUCUGACCUUCAUCAACUCUGGACUCAAUCUGCUGGAAGAACAACAAACAACCUCCCAGAAGUCUGAAACAAGAAAAUCUGCAGAGAAACUCUUCUACCAGAGUGCUGUAAACAAGGCCUUAUGGAGUCCAAAUGGACAUCUGGACUUGUUCCUCCGCUUCCUCCUGGGUCUUUCACUACAGACCAGUCAGACUCUCCUACGAGGUCUGCUGACACAGACAGGAAGUAGCUCACAGACCAAUCAGGAAACUGUCCAGUACAUCAAGAAGAAACUUGAUGAGAAUCUGUCUGCAGAGAAAAGCAUCAAUCUGUUCCAUUGUCUGAAUGAACUGAAUGAUUGUUCUCUAGUGGAGGAGAUCCAACAGUCCCUGAGUUCAGGAAGUCUCAUUGGUGGUAUUCUCUCUCCUGCUCAGUGGUCAGCUCUGGCCUUCAUUUUACUGUCACAGGAAAAAGAUCUGGAUGAGUUUGACCUGAAUAAAUACUCUGCUUCAGAGAAGGCUCUUCUGAGGUUGCUGCCAGUGGUCAAAGCCUCCAACAAAGCUCUAUUGAGUCUCUGUAACCUCUCAGAGGGCAGCCUUGAAGCUCUGUCUACAAUUGUUAUAUCCCAGUCAUCUAGUUUGAGAGAGCUGGACCUGAGUAACUCUGAUCUGCAGGAUUCAAAAGUGCAACUUCUGUCUGUUGGAGUGAAGAGUCUAAACUGUACACUGGAAAAUCUCAGACUGAGCCACUGUAAAUUCUCCGAGAGAAGCUGUGAAGCCCUAUCCUCAGUGCUCGGGUCUCAGACCUGUAGUCUGAGUAAGCUGGACAUGAGUAACUCUGACUUGCAAGAUUCAGGAGUGAAGCUUCUGUCUACUGGAGUGAAGAGUAACUGUACACUGGAAAAUCUCAGGGUGGAGCCUGCUGGAGUCCGAUGGUUGAGACCAGGUCUGAGGAAGUAUUCCUGUCAACUCACAAUCGACACAAACACAGUGAACACAAAGCUCCAACUGUCUGACAACAACAGGAAGGUGACACAUGUGGAGGAGGUUCAGUCAUAUCCUGAUCAUCCAGACAGAUUUGAUGUUCAUCCUCAGCUGCUGUGUAGAAAUGGUCUGACUGGUCGCUGUUACUGGGAGGUCGAGUGGAGAGGACACGUUUAUAUAUCAGUGAGUUACAGAAGAAUCAGAAGGAAAGGAGAAAGUGAUGACUGUUGGUUUGGAGGGAAUUAUCAGUCCUGGAGUCUGGACUGCUCUGAUGAUGAUGGUCCUCGUUCUGUCCUUCACAAUUACAGAGAAACACCUAUCUCCUCCUCCUCCUCCUCCUCCUCUGUCUCUAAUAGAGUAGCAGUGUAUGUGGACUGUCCUGCUGGCACUCUGUCCUUCUACAGAGUCUCCUCUGACACUCUGAUCCACCUCCACACCUUCAACACCACAUUCACUCAAACUCUUUAUCCUGGGUUUGCAGUCAGUUCUGGUGCCUCAGUGUCCCUGUGCUGA